AAUUGUAGCUAAAUGUAAUGCGAAGGCAGCUGGGAGAGCUCCAUUGGAAUUUGUGUUUUGAUGUUUUUGUUCACAGGAUAGAGGCCGUCUUCGGUUCGUAUUUUGGUCGCGUUAUGGUUCUCCAAUUGCUUUACGCUAUGAGUGCAAGGGAAUAAUGGAACGCGUUCUAUUGUGGAGAAGAAAGUGGGUUUUAAAUAUCCUCGCUUAUUUUUUAUCCCUUGUAAGGGAAAACUGUAAUGAGAGGCAAGCUUCAGGCUGGGUCUUGCUCCAUAGCUUGAAUAGAGAAAGCAUUCUGUCGUAUUGAUGGGAGAGCUUUAAGAAUAAAUUAUUCUUGUAUUUUACUUUAUCUAAUAGCGUAUUGCAAAGAAUCCGACCGAGAUCAAGUUUUCAGUUGCUAACGUUAGUUAGCUAGCUAGCUAGCUAUAAUCAAUCCAGGUUGCCUGGGAAAAUGGAGGCUGUAAUUGAAAAAGAAUGCAGUGCGCUCGGAGGACUUUUUCAAACCGUGAUCAGCGAUAUGAAGAGCAGCUAUCCUAUCUGGGAGGACUUCAUCAGCAAGGCUGGGAAGCUACAGUCACAGCUCAGGACGACGGUGGUCGCGGCCGCGGCUUUCCUGGACGCGUUUCAGAAAGUGGCCGACCUGGCUACCAGCACACGAGGAGGCACCAGGGACAUUGGGUCUGCCCUGACCAGGAUGUGCAUGAGACACAGGAGCAUUGAGGCCAAACUGCGGCAGUUUUCAAUGGCUUUCAUAGACUGCCUGAUUAACCCCUUGCAAGACCAGAUGGAGGAAUGGAAGAGAGGGGCCAACAUAUUGGAUAAGGACCACGCCAAAGAGUACAAGAAAGCUCGACAGGAGAUUAAGAAGAAAUCCUCAGACACGCUGAAGCUGCAGAAAAAGGCAAAGAAAGCCGAUGCUCUGGGGAGGGGAGAUAUGCAGCCGCAGCUGGACAGUGCCAUGCAGGACGUGAAUGACAAGUACCUGCUUCUGGAGGAGACAGAGAAGCAGGCGGUGAGGAAGGCCCUCAUCGAGGAGAGGGCUCGGUUCUGCGCCUUCGUGUCCAUGCUCCGGCCGGUCGUGGAUGAAGAAAUCUCCAUGCUGGGAGAAAUCACCCACCUUCAGACAAUUUCUGAUGACCUCAAAUCCCUGACAAUGGACCCCCACAAACUUCCCGCUGCCAGUGAGCAGGUAAUUCUUGAUCUGAAAGGAUCAGACUGCAGUUGGUCAUACCAGACUCCCCCAUCCUCUCCUAGUACCACCAUGUCCAGGAAGUCCAGUAUGUGCAGCAGUCUGAACAGCGUAAACAGUAGCGACUCCCGAUCCAGCGGGUCGCACACUCACUCUCCCUCCUCCUCACACUAUCGCUACCGCAGCUCCACCCUGCCCCUGCAGGCCCCCGCCCGCCUCUCCAGCAUCUCCUCCCACGACUCGGGCUUCAUCUCGCAGGACGCCUUCCAGUCCAAGUCCCCCUCGCCUAUGCCCCUCGAGGCUGUGCCACAGCAGACCCCCUCUAGCUCGGCCUCCUCGGACGCUUCUGAGACCUGCCAGUCCGUCAGCGAGUGCAGCUCCCCCGCCUCGGCCAGCUCCGGCUCCACCAUGGGUGGGGCCUUGGCCCCUCCUGAGAAGUUGUCAAACGGGUACGAUCACUAUGGGCCAGCUGAUCUGCCGUACCUAGCUGGAGCGAACUUCUACCCUCCCCCUCCCCCCUCCUCCUACCCCUCCUCCUCCUCCUCCUCCUCCUCCUACCCCUCCUCCUACCCCUCCUCCUCCUCCUACCCCUCCUCCUCCUCCUCCUCUUCACGGGGUUGGUCCCGCCCAGCCUCCACCCUGCUGCCCGACUUCCCCCCCUAUUGCACUCUGGGUCCAGGCAUGAUCCCCUCCUCCAAGGUCCCCAGCUGGAAGGACUGGGCCAAGCCAGGCCCAUAUGACCAGCCAAUGGUGAACACCCUGAGAAGAAACAAGGAGAGGAGGGAGGUGGUGGAUUCUAGUGCUGCCACCAUGCCACCCAGUGUAGCCAGCACCUCCGGGGACGAAGCCCAGAGGCCCAGGAACACAAUAACAUCCGUUAUGCCUAGGGUGGAGGAUAUGGAGGCCCAUGAAGAGCUGGCCCUGGCCUUGUCCAGGGGCCUGCAGCUAGACACGCAGCGCUCCAGCAGGGACUCCCUGCAGUGCUCCAGUGGCUACAGCACCCAGACCACCACCCCCUGCUGCUCUGAGGACACCAUCCCCUCACAAGUUUCAGAUGAUUAUUUCUCAGUCGGUGGGGACCAGGAGGUGGACCAGCAAGACUUUGACAAGUCGUCCACCAUCCCACGCAACAGCGACAUCAGCCAGUCCUACCGCAGAAUGUUCCAGGCCAAGAGGCCGGCGUCCACAGCGGGCCUCCCCUCCAACGCGGGGCCCGUCAUAGUGACGCCGGGUGUGGCCACCAUCCGCCGCACCCCUUCUACCAAGCCGUCGGUGCGCCGGGCGGCCAUGGGCGGUGGUCCCAUUCCCAUCAGGAAGCCCGUCAUCCCGGUGAAGACGCCCACGGUGCCGGACCUGCCCGGCGGGGCCUACGGGCCGGGAGGCAGGGCGGAGGACCCCGAGGAGCUGGCUAGCCCCGAUUCGCCCACGGCGAGCGAGCAGGAGGGCGUUCUAUCCUGGAGCGGCCAGGCCUCCACUAACCCCCCCGUGCUGCCGUCCCACCUCGCCGGGGCCACGGAAGCCCACGGCGGGUACACGGAGGCCCCUGAAGGGCCGCUGGAGGAGGCGGACUCUCUCGACGCUCAGGGAGGCAACAUGCUCCUGGCCAUCCGCCGGGGAGUGAAGCUGAAGAGGACGAUAAGCAACGACCGCUCGGCGCCACGCAUUGUGUAAGAGGCCGAGCAAGCGGCUGCACUGCUCUCACUGAUGACAGUAUUCACUCCGGGCGGACGAAGCUGCAUCCAUUCCAGUAUGUUUCGGGCGGGAAAAACGACUUUCUGUUCUGGUUUUUUAGUUUGUUGAAGAUGCGGUGCUGAUUGGAAUGGGGGAGGGUGAGUGUCCGUUUGGGUAUUUUUGAGAGGAGGGAAGGUGAAGAUCAGGUGUCAAAUUUGUACAUAAUUGAGCAUUUAUAUUUUUAGUUUGCCUCCAUCUCCUCUCCUGGUUCUUUGGUGCCAAAUUCCUCGAAGCUAUCAGUUUUACUUUGAGACAGGGCUUUCUGGGAAACACACUUUUUAGAGUAGUCGUGUUGUAAAUAUCUCAGAACAUACAUUAAUGGCGGCAUUAACCAACUCUCCAGGCUAACUCAGUAGCAUGGUUUAUGUAUUAGGCUCAGCAUAAGAGAGAUAGUCUUCUAAGAGCAGGUGCAUUAACCAGUCUAUGGUAAGCAAUACUCUUACUAUUAUACUAUAUAUUUACAAAGUACAACUGCCAAUGACAAUACAAUAAGUUAUGAACAAGAAACCACAGGGGUCAAAGACAAACUUAGUUGGGGGGAAUACAAAUGGCACAUUUAAGAACCGUGGUAAAAAAAUUUACUAAGGCCUUAUCUAAUUAUGGCAUUUUAUUUUUUUAAGCUACAGUGACGUUUGUGACUUGUGUGAAUCUCCAGCUCCUGGUUGUUGUGUAUCGGAACCGUAUGCAGCCUUACCUCUGUCUGCUGAUUAUACUUCUGAAGACAUUGUAUAACUUAAAAAAACUAAAAGCAAUUUAAAACUUUAACCAAGCACAUUUGCAAGCAUUUAUUUUGCAAGUUUUCUGUUUGAUUAUACCAGCUUGAAUUGGAUUCCAGUUAAAGCACUGUUGCAGAAAAAUGGCUGAGAAACAAUUGUCUAUAAAACUGUAAAUACUGAAUGAGAAUGGACAUCUGGGGGCUUAAAUUAUUUGCUCUUCAGCUCUCUUUAUUUUUUUACUUUGCAGAACAUAACUGAUUCUUUCAUGCAUGUGCUGUCAGAUGAAAAUAUAUAAAUACUAUGUUAAUAUAAUUUGAGCUUUGAGGUGUUUUGCUGCAAUUUACAGUAAAGCAUACCCAAAUGUCCAGCUCAGCUGCUUUCAUGUUAUUAAUGUAAAUAGAUGGCUGAGUGUGUCAUCAUGGCCUGCUACUUGGUCUCACUCUCAAUCGGCGAUUUUUCCCUUUGACUGUGAUCCAGGACUCUGCAGCGUGCCGUGAGCUGAUGUUCAUGAUAAAUUUUACUUAAAUUGUGUGCUUUUUUUAAUUUUGUGCUUAAGGUCUCCUUGCUUUACGAAAACUACACAGAUUUGGAGAAAACAAUGAGAAUCUAUUCAGCAGUAUUGCUGAAUACUAGGGAUUCGGUUCCCCCAAAAUAAACGGGGUAAGAAAAUUGCCCAUCUGUUCAUUGUACAAAUAACCAAACCUAUUUUUAAAUCUAAAAUUUCAUUUUUAUCUGGCAAUUCACCCAUCAUGUUUUCACAACCCUAAUUUUGGGAAAAUUCCUUAUUCUGGCCAGACUGGCCCCCUUAUGUGUUAUAACCGAUGGGUGCCACGAAUGGGUGCUACACAUUGGUGGUGGUUGAGACAAGUUUCCCUCCCUCAUCACUGUAAAACACUGAUUCGCCGCCUGGUGAGAAAAGCGUUAUAUAAAUGCAAGGAAUUCUAUGUUUCUUUGACAGUGACUGGUCCAUAGUGUUUGUAUAUAAGGUCUAUGAUUCAUGUAACCCAGCCUCCACAACCUUUUCAUAAUGUGUUCCACAUCAAACAUUUGAGUAUUCACACUUGCUAAUGCCAUGAUCCAAGAGUAUCACAGAAACACCAGAUUGUGUGUUAAGUGGAUAUUUUAAAAACCAGCACUGCAAUGAUAGUCUGUUUUAGAUUGGCCUCACUGAAUGUUGGAUGCUCUCUUUUAAAGAAAAACAUCCACCGAGCUUAGUGUGCUUGUAAACACCAGGCCAACCAUGUCUAAAAUUGAUUUGCACUGCAAGAAUCUUAAUUGGGUUCACAGCAAAAAAGUUGUAGAGCAAGCCUGUAGUCCUCCUGAGAUUGUGCUAAAGCAGGCCUACUACAUGGCCAUGAAGGGUUUGUAAUAACCAUUUUAAAAUUCUGAAGCAUUUCAAAUAGCAUUACCUCUAGUCCUAUCGAUAUACAAUAACAUGCGGGAUAACAUUUUUGCUGAGUGCUGUGAGGGGAAUCCAGAUUUGCUAACUGCAUCCCUAAUUUUAGUCUGCCAUUAACUUCACUUUGUUUCUGGAAAUCUGUUCAAUGUGAUCUGUCAAAUAGAAAGGCUAUGUCAUAUCACUUACUGUACAACCUAUUUUGUACCAGUGUAUUCCGCUGUCUGAAAAAUGAUUGAAACAAUCUGAAGCCAUUUUUGAUUUCUCAUCGAAGACAAGCUUCUAAAAUUGUGAAAUUAGUUAAUUAGGUAGCGGAUGCACCAUGCAUAUGAUGCUAAACAACCUAUAUGUGGAUACUGUCAUUACAGAAAUGUUUUGGUAUUGUGUGUGUAUAAACCUUUAGUUGUAUACUGCUGUAAUUCUAAGUACAGCCUUUGUUUAGAUUACUUCAAAGCAUAUCUAGAUUUUUUUUAAGUUGAGAAAUUUUAUGAAAGAGAAUGUGUAAACCAAUUAUAGUUUAAAGAGUUUUGUGUUUUUGCAAAUUGUAAAAGCAAGCUGUCACAAUGAGUACUAGACUUUGUUUCUAAUCUUUAAGUUGUUAGUUUGUAUUGAUAGUUGGCAUCUUCCCUAUAUGGUUCCCUAUAGGAUGUUAACUGAUCACUUUGUCAUGUUUCCUUUUUCUGUGUAAUGACUGCCUGUAUUAAAGCGAAAUGCAGCAAA